AUGGCGUUUGCAGCAUACACACCCAAGGCGCGAGUCCAGAAGCCCGCGCCCGAUUUCUCCGGCACCGCCGUCGUAGAUGGGACUUUUGAAGGCAACCUCACACAAUACACAUCCUCGAAGCAAUGGCUCGUCCUCGGCUUCGUGCCCAUGGCCUGGACCUUUGUGUGCCCCACCGAAAUCAUCGCCUUCUCUGAGCGCGCAAAGGACUUUGAAGCUCGCGGCGCCCGCGUCGUCUUCGCCUCCACAGACUCGGAAUACUCCCUCCUCGCAUGGACAAACGCCAGCAAACGCGACGGCGGGCUCGGCAAGAUCGACAUCCCGCUGCUGAGCGACAAAAACCACCAGCUGAGCAAAGACUACGGCGUGCUGAUCGAGGAAGAGGGAAUCGCGUUGAGGGGAUUAUUCGUCAUCGAUCCUAAUGGUAUCGUGCGACAGAUCACCAUCAACGACCUCCCCGUCGGCCGCUCCGUAGACGAAACCCUCCGUCUCAUCGACGCAUUCCAGUUCACGGAUAAAUACGGCGAGGUGUGCCCCGCCAACUGGAAUCCCGGCGAGGCCACCAUCAAAGCCACGCCAGAAGGCAACAAGGCGUAUUUGCAGAAACUGCACUCCGAUACCCAGAUGGGAGACGCGGCUACGAAUGGGACGAAAUAAGUUUUGUUCUGGAGACCGGGUAUAUUAGAUCGCUGAGGGUUCGUGGGUGGAGAGGGAGGGUAGAAUGAUUGAGGGUAUGUGCGGAUUCGGGGGAGGUGGAAGAAUGAGUAGAACGAGUGUAAAGUGUUACUUUUUUUUUGUACGUUGUAUCAAGUAUGUAGAUAACAAAUUUCAUGUUAAACGUGUAUGUCUUCCUCCCCCUUCUCAUUCUUACUUUGGGUAUCGGCAUCCAUUCGCGGGCAGUAGCAUGCGUCAACCUUUGUAUGCUCCUCAAAACACCUCUUCUCCAUGCUACACCUGAGUACCGUAU